AUGCUUAAAGAAGACUAUGGUUACCCAGAUACUAUUGACUUUAGUGACAGAUAUAAAGAAGCUAUUAGAAAGUUCAAUGAAGGAAAUACUGACCCGAACCUAUUUAGCUUUAUGGCUCAACACCAAAUCGGAUAUAAUUUCAAACCUGGAAAAUACAAGCUCGCAAAGGGAUAUGAUUUAAUAGCAUAUCAUCCAAAUGACAUGAACGAAUUUACUCCGAGAUAUUUGGUGUCAGAGCUAAAUGACAAUUCAACUUUCGUCAUGAAACGCGUAAAAAAUAGAGACGGAACGAAAGAACAGAGGCUUAUGAAUGCGAAUGACUUAAAUAGGGAACUUGUUGAAAACGGUCUCGGAAUAUAUGAAAUGCCAGCAGAUGAGGUACAAGAAACUCCACAGGAAGAAGUUCAGAUACAACCAGACAUGGAAGAAAUAGUUCAGCAACAACAGCUAGAAGAGCCUGAAGGAAACGAACAAGUCCUUCCUUUGGAAACUAACUUCACAGAACUAGAUGAAGAUUUGGAACAGCCGAAAAAUCUUGACCCUCAACAAGAGCAUGAGGUGAAUAUGGAAUCUUUCCAAGAGUCUAAGAAAGAUUCGGCUGACAUAGUAGAAGAAUAUCGAAAAAUGUUUGCCGACAUACAAAAGACUCCAACACCAGAUGAAAAUAUUCAGCAUAGAAUGAAAGUACUGAAAGAAAAUGUACACAAAUACAACAACCCUUUUUACUUACGAGCAUUUAACGUUCAAUCUUCGGAUGAACUCGGUGAAAAUAAAAGGUUAAAUUUCAAGAAAACAUAUAGAAAUGAAACAUUGUUUAAAGUUCAUUCAGAACCUAACCAAGAUGGAAACAAACCUACUUUUGUUUCUGCAGACGAUGGAACUACAAUGAGAUGGGGUCAUAAAGCUAAUCCGGAUAGGUGGUUCAUAAACUUACAACCACAAUUCCAAGAAGUUGUAGACGCAAUGGAAGUCAAUGGUGAACCAGAUAUAGCUGGUAUUUUCAGCGCGGCUUUAAUGCCAUUGAAAGAUAUGAAAGAUGCAGAUAUUUUGGACCAGUAUGAAAUGAACAUGGCUGAUGGAAAUAUAACACCUGACGUUCUAGAACAUUUAUCUCAAAGAACUACACAGAACCAUAGAGAUGGUAUAUUUGGUGAAGAGUUUAGAAAGAAAGUUAGGGAGAGAGAAGGAAGAGAACCUAUUGUACAUGACCUUGCAAACGAAAGUUUACAAAAUGUCAUAAAAACUUACUUUGCAGACAAUGAACCGAGAAGGGAUGAAUAUUUAAGUAAACUCAAAUGGACAGUACCAAAUGAAAUGUUAGUAUUGAAAAACAUGUUCCUUGACAAAAUAAAACCAACUACAGAAAUAAACGACGCAAGACUGAAAGAUUGGGUAAAAGCUUUCCCAUUCACAAAAGAUAUAGUUGGUAACAUGGAAAGAAAACCAGAAUGGCUACAAAAACAUAUAUUUGGAAACGAGCAUAUUCCAUAUGGACAAGCUAUAUUUGAAGAGCUUGAACCGGAAACUCAGGAAAGAGUCAUGCAAACAAUACGCGAAGACUCAAAUACAAACUAUGACAAAAUCUUUCUAGGAUAUAGGUUACCUGAGAUGGGCGACCAGAGCCCAAAGGCAAAAAGGACAUGGAAAAUUUACAACAUACUAGGUGAACAUGAGGCAAAGAUGCAACAAAACUCAGUCAGGAAGAAAGUAAAGCUUGGUCCACGUGGGUUCUAUUAUGACACAUAA